AUGAUUAAGUUCUCAUUCACCUUAAAUCCAUUUUGUACGUGUAAUAUACCAAAACCAAGAUCCAAACUACAAACCGUUAAUGGAUUCUUCCGACCAACGGCGGAAGAGAAAGCGUUCUCUAAAACCCACCCACCAUUUCUUUUCACUAAGAUCUCUGCUUUAUUUCUUCUCUUUCUUUGCUUUCUUCUUUAUCCUUUUCCGGCGAAACACGCCGUCGUUUCACCAUGUAGUCGUGCUUCCCGGAUCAUCAACAUCAUCUUCAAUUCACCGACUAUUCUCCGUUGGAACGUUGUCGGAAAUGGAAAAGGAUUGGAGUGUAUUUACAGAAAUAAUUAUACAGAGGAGGAGGAAAAGGGUGUGGCAGUGUUAUCGGUGGAUGAAUACAACGACAUCCAGUGGCUUGUCCGUUGUCCGCUUCCUCCGACGAAUUUCUCAUCCGUCGUCACUCUCCGGAGCCGGGGAACGAUCACGAUCGCUGAUACGACGGUUGUAGCAAUGAAUUAUUGGGAGAAUUUAGCAUACGAGGCGGUGUUGGACGGGAACACGGCGGUGGUGUUCGUGAAAGGAAUUAGUCAUAGACAGGAUAAAGCAUCCGACCCGAAUCGAUUCCGAUGUCAUUUCGGGUUUGGGAAUCAGAAUUACAUUCUCACCUCAAAAGCACUAACCGCCGCUCAGGAAGUCGUAAGGUGUGCGUUGCCGAAAUCCCUCGAAAUCCACCCGGAAAAAUCUCAGGGAAUUCGAGCCACCGUCAGUUUCCAACUCCCGAUGAGAAACCACCACCACCGAACAAUUUUUGUUCCAUCGGUCGCGAAAUUAUCAAGCUCCAAAUUCGAGAUAAACACCCCAAAACACGACCUUUGCGUCUGCACGAUGCUAUGGAACCAAGCGGAUUCAAUUCGCGAAUGGAUAACCUAUCAUUCAUGGCUCGGAGUUCAAAAAUGGUUUAUCUACGAUAACAACAGCGACGACGGGAUAGAAUCGGUGAUAAACAAGCUCGAUCUCGAGGGUUUCAACGUCAGCCGCCAUGUUUGGCCAUGGAUCAAAACUCAAGAAGCAGGAUUUUCCCACUGCGCAAUAAAAGCCAAAAGCGAAUGUAAUUGGGUUUCCUUCAUGGACGUCGACGAGUUCUACUACUUCCCGAAUCUCCCCGGACAUGGCGCUUUACGAACCCUAGUAUCAAACCACACUUCAUCGCCAUCAAUUGGAGAACUAAGAACGCGUUGCCAUAGCUUUGGGCCAUCGGGGUUACGUUCGCCGCCCAAAAACGGCGUAACGGUGGGGUACACUUGCAGAUUACAGAGGCCUGAACGGCAUAAGUCGAUUGUGAGACCAGAGGCAUUGGACACGACAUUGAUGAUGUGGGCGAAGUUUUAUCGGAGAGUUGCGACGUAUGUGGCUGAUUGGAAAGAUAGCCAGAAUGAAGGGUCCAGAGAUCGAGCCCCCGGUUUGGGGACUGAACCGAUUGAACCGGCGGAUUGGAGGUUGAGGUUUUGUGAGGUUUGGGAUACCGGUUUGAGGGAUGUUGUGUUGGCUAAUUUGGAUGAUGUUUUGCCUAGGGGUAGAUAUUUGGGGGGCAUAGAUAUAUAA